AUGUUAAUUAUCAGAACUGUUAAUCAUUAAGUUUAAAAAUUAAAUGAAAUAAGAAAAAUUCCUUAAAAGCUUAUAUAAUCUGAAAAUGAAAAAUUAUUGAGUGUUGGAGUAUAAUAAAGAAAUAAUGUUAUGCCUAAAUCAUUUGAUGAUAACAGCAGAAUUGGAUUUUCAUAACAUCCCGCAUUAGAUUCAAGCUGCUAAUAUAAUGAAAAUCAUACAUUAGUAAGAAAUGAUAUAUUAGGUAGAACAGCAAGAAUAUAUGUCCACGAUAUUAAUCAUAUGCAUGAUACCCCUGAAUUGUCUGAAGGAUAUUAAUGGUGUAUGUAAUUUUAAAGACAAGCUUAAUAUAAAACCCCGAAUAUGGGAUGGGUUCACAACGGAGAUACUUUUUCUAAAAGAAAUAAUUACUUUAGAACUCUGGAAGAUGCUAUUCAAUAUUGCAAAUAAAUGGGUUAUGGAUAUGAAGUUGAUUACCCUAAAUUUAGAUAUCAUUCAAAAAAAAGUUAUGCUGAUAAUAUGAAAUGGCCUGGACAUGAUGCUGAAGACCCAGACUAAUGA